AUGUCCACGCCCGUCUCACCUGCCCUGCCUCCGGAGACCCCGCAGGAGCUCGCGGUCAAGGCCGACUUCCACACCAACGUCUGGUCUGUCUUCCAGAACCUGUACGAAGACCGCUGGGACCAAGCACGCUGGAACGCCGCAAUCGCGCGCUUCGGGGCGGCACACGACCCCGCCGCCGUCCAGCGUUUCUGGACGCGGGCGAAGCUCCCCUCUUGGGACGCGCUCGAGGCGCAGUUCCGCAAGGGCCCGCCGCCGUUCCUCCGCCCGGGCUGGGUGAGCCCGCUGCUGGGCAAGCGGGUCGACCUCCGCUGGCUCGACUCGGGCAGGUUCGAACACGUCCAGGGCUCGAUGGACGGCUGGCGCGACGCCAAGGUGCUCAUCAUCGAGCUGUGGGCUUCGUACGUCUGUUCCUUGCCUCGCCUUAGUGCGCUCCACGGCGCGCGGCGCGCGGUCUGCACUCCAAGCCCGCGGACGCCGCACACACACACAUCACAGCCGUGCGUGGUCGUGUUCGACGACCUCUCGCGGAUCGCGCAGACCCGGCCGGAGAUCAAGGUCAUCACCUUCAACUCCGAGACGAUCUUCACGAACGCGCCCGUCGACGUCGGGUUCGUCAAGAACUUCGUCGCCUCGCGCACCGACAUGAAGUACCCCAUCUUCAUCGACACCCACCGGGUCGCGGUCAAUUCGAUCUUCCAGCCCGGCCAAAACCUGUCGAUUCCCCUGGUCUUUAUCAUCACGCCAAACGACAGCGUUGUCCGGUGGAUCGGUAAUCCAGAGGAGAUGGCCGUCCCGCUCGAGGACAUCGUCCGCAGAGCAUAG